AUGCCAAACGCCGGCAGGACGAGGAGGACGGGGCUGCCCUCAGGUCCACCCGCAGCCAGCCCUGAGCGGACACACGGCGUUGGGGGACAUCCUGCCCCGGAAAAGCGGGCGACUGCCCAGGAGCAGCCCCCCGGCAGCCGUCCGGCCCUGCCCGCCGUGUCCCCGGCAGACGACGGCGGCUUCGAGAGCGGCGCCUACAACAACUCGGCCAUCCGGACGCCCAACCUGGACGCGCUGGCCCGGCGCAGCCUGCUCUUCCAGAACGCCUUCACCUCCGUCAGCAGCUGCUCCCCGAGCCGGGCCAGCAUCCUCACCGGCUUACCCCAGCACCAAAAUGGGAUGUACGGGCUGCACCAGGACGUGCAUCACUUCAACUCCUUCGACAGCGUGCGGAGCCUGCCCUGGCUGCUCCGCCAGGCACACAUCCGGACAGGGAUAAUUGGGAAGAAGCACGUUGGGCCUGAGACUGUCUACCCGUUUGACUUCGCCUACACCGAGGAGAACAGUUCAGUUUUGCAGGUUGGGAGAAACAUCACUCGAAUCAAAGCGCUCGUGCGGCAGUUCCUGCAGAGCCAGGACCAGAGGCCUUUCUUCCUCUAUGUUGCCUUCCAUGACCCGCACCGCUGCGGGCACUCCCAGCCCCAGUACGGGGCCUUUUGUGAGAAAUUUGGCAACGGAGAGAGCGGCAUGGGCUGGAUCCCUGACUGGAAACCACAGCUCUACCGCCCGGAGGAAGUGCAGGUCCCUCACUUUGUUCCAGACACACCAGCUGCCCGGGCAGACCUGGCAGCCCAGUACACAACCAUUGGGCGCAUGGACCAAGGGAUCGGGCUGGUCCUGGAGGAGCUGCAGCGUGCUGGCUUCCACAACAGCACCCUGGUCAUCUACACCUCUGACAAUGGCAUCCCCUUCCCCAGUGGCAGAACCAAUCUCUACCGGUCGGGCACUGCCGAGCCCCUGCUGGUCUCCUCCCCAGAGCACACCACACGCUGGGGACAGGUCAGCCAGGCCUUCACCACCCUGCUGGAUCUGACACCAACCAUUCUGGACUGGUUCUCCAUCCCAUACCCUCAUUACAGCAUCUUUGGCAAAAAGCGGGUGCAGCUCACAGGGAGGUCCCUGCUGCCAGUGCUGGAGUCAGAGCAGCCCUGGGCCACUGCUUUCAGCAGCCAGAGCCACCACGAGGUGACCAUGUACUACCCCAUGCGAGCCAUCCAGCACCAGCAGUUCCGCCUCAUUCACAACCUCAACUACAAGAUGCCCUUUCCCAUCGACCAGGACUUUUAUGUCUCACCCACUUUCCAAGACCUGCUUAACCGCACCAGGGCCGGGCAGCCAACCCACUGGAACAAGACCCUGCACCAGUACUACUACAGGGACCGCUGGGAGCUCUUUGACUGCAGCUGUGACCCCAGCGAGAGCCAGAACCUGGCCCCCGACCCCCGCUACGCCGCCGUCUUCCAGCUGCUCCGCUCCCAGCUCCUGAAGUGGCAGUGGGACACGGGUGACCCCUGGGUCUGUGCCCCUGACGCUGUCCUGGAGGAGAAACUGAGCCCCCAGUGCCAGCCACUGCACAAUGAGCUGUGA